AUGGGGCAGCGAUGCCCUGGACACCUGGGCGCGAUGUCGCACGUCUGCGCCCCCCUGACCUCGCUGGUCCAGCGGUUCGGCGACCGGGUGGCCACCGCGUGCGGCGAUCGGCGCCGUACGGGCCGCCAGCUCCAUGGCAGGGUGGCCGCGCUGUCGAUGGCGCUGCGUGAGACCCUGGGCGUCGGACCGGGCGUCACGGUCGCCAUCGCCGCCCUGUCGACCGAUCGAUUCUUCGAGGCGAUGCUGGCGGUGGCGGCGUGCGGCGGCGUGCUGGCGCCGCUGAACUGGCGGUGGAGCGCCCGGGAGGCCGCGGUAGCCGUGGAGGUGGUGGAGGCGUCGGUGCUGGUGGUGGAUCAGGAAAGCCUGCACUUCUGGUCCCACCUGUGUGAGGUGUGUCCCAGCCUGCGGUCGGGGGUGGUGCUGUGCGAAGGGUUGCCCAACGGCGCCCGGCGGGGCGACAGGCUGCAUUCGUCCGAAGAGCUGAUCGCUGCCCACCCCCGGGCGGAGCUUCGAAUCGCGACUUCCCCGGACGGCGUGGCAAUCAUAUGUUUCACCUCCGGCACGACAUCAUCGUCCAAGGCGGUGGCCAUCAGCCACGCGGCCUUCCACAGUCAGUCCUUGGCGAAGCUGGCGGUGGUGCGCUACGGCAGUGGCGACGUGUACCUGCACACGGCGCCGCUGUUCCACAUCGGCGGCCUGUCGUCCGCCCUGGCGAUGCUGAUGGCCGGGGCGGUGCACGUGUUCAUGGCCAAGUUCUCAGGGCGGGGCGCGGUGGAGGCGAUCCAGGAGACCCGUGUGACUGCGCUGAUCGCCGUGCCUACGAUGCUGGUGGACAUGGGCGCCGCUGCGCAGGGCGGGAGCCUGCCGUCGGUGACCAAACUGCUCGUUGGAGGAGGGCCAAUGAGUGCCGCCCAUCAGGAUAUCACAACCCAUCUUUUCCCAAAUGCGACUGUCACCACUGCUUACGGCAUGACAGAGGCCUGCUCCUCGAUCACCUUCGACGGGCCCUUUGAGCCAGGAAGCUGGAGGGAAAACAGAACAGAACAUGGUGCCUGUGCGGGCGUUGCGGCUCCGGGUGUGGAGCUUUGCAUCGACACUGACGUCCCAGGAACCGAAGGCGAGGUGCUGACAAGGGGCCCGCACACCAUGACGCGUUAUCUGGGCAAACCGGCCGCCACCCUGGCGGUGCUCUCCCCCGACGGUUGGCUCCGCACGGGCGACGUCGGCCGGCUGGACGCCGGUGGCCGCCUGUGGCUGUCCGGCCGCAAGAAGGACAUGAUCAAGACGGGGGGCGAGAACGUGCACGCAUCGGAGGUGGAGGCGGUCGUGCGGUCGCAUCCUGGCGUCGUCGACGUCGCGGUCGUGGGAGUCGCUGACGUCAGGCUGGGCGAGCUGGUGGCCGCGGUGGUGUCGAUCGCCGACGGCUGGUCAUGGAAAAAUUCAUCUGACGGCGGCUCGGGCAGCGGCGCGCACAAGCUGGGGAUCUGGAUCGGUCCCAGGGAGGGGAGGGGGCCGGGGCGGGGCCCCGGGGCCCGCUCCAAGACGCUGUCGAUCGAGGGGGUGCAGGAGGCGUGCGUGAGGGGGGGCCUGGCGCGCUACAAGCUGCCGAGGGUCGUGGCCGCGUGGAGGGCCGAGCUGCCGAAGACGUCGUCCGGGAAGGUGAAGAAGGGGGAGCUGAGGGCGAGGUUGGGUGCUGUGCUGCGUCGGAUUCCGAGCAAGCUGUAG